AUGUCCGGCUCCGGCAGGAAAGACUUCGACGUGAAACAUAUCCUUCGCCUCCGCUGGAAACUGUUCAGCCACCCCUCGCCGGCGGGCGGCCCGGCGGGGGGGGGCUGCUUGCCGCCCGACAGCAGCUUCGAGCACUGGGGGCCCAGCCAGAGCCGCCUGCUGAAGAGCCAGGAGAGAGGAAACGGCGCCUUCUGGAAGAAAUCCGCCUCCUCCGCCUCCUCCUCGGCGGCCACCACCGCCAGUCCGCCCAACGGGACGCUGCUGCCCGCCGGCGGCCGGCUCCGCGGGGGGCACGGCCCGGGGCCUCCGCCGCCCCGCACCGUCUUCUACGUGGAGUCCCUGGAGGAAGAAGAGGAGGAGGCGGAGGCGGCGCCCGGCAGGAUGGAGGUCGCCCGGGAACCCGAGAAGCCCCUGGCGCCGCCGGAGCAGAAGGAAGCGCCGAGGGGCUGCGCGGACGGCGGGUGUCCUGCAACAGGUGACGGAGGAGGGCACAGGCUGUCAGCAGCCAGCCAUCCUUUAUCACCUCACUGCGACAUAGAUUCAAGUACCUCUGAGGAAUUCUACCAGGCUGUUCACCAUGCUGAACAAACCUUCAGAAAAAUGGAGAGCUACCUGAAGCAACAGCAGCUCUGUGAUGUUAUCCUGAUUGCUGGGGAUCGCAAGAUACCUGCUCACAGACUUGUUCUUAGUUCUGUCUCUGACUACUUUGCUGCCAUGUUUACAAGUGAUGUUUGUGAAGCCAAGCAAGAAGAGAUCAAAAUGGAAGGCAUUGACCCUAAUGCAUUAUGGGAUCUUGUUCAGUUUGCGUAUACAGGCUGCCUAGAAUUGAAAGAGGACACUAUUGAAAAUCUUCUAGCAGCUGCCUGCCUCCUCCAGCUCCCACAAGUAGUAGAGGUUUGCUGCCAUUUUCUAAUGAAGCUUUUGCACCCAUCCAACUGUUUGGGAAUACGAGCUUUUGCUGAUGCGCAGGGAUGCACAGAGCUUAUGAAGGUGGCUCACAACUACACUAUGGAGAAUAUAAUUGAAGUUAUAAGAAAUCAAGAAUUUUUACUUCUACCAGCUGAAGAACUCCAUAAACUUCUUGCUAGCGAUGAUGUGAAUGUUCCUGAUGAAGAGACCAUUUUCCAUGCUUUAAUGAUGUGGGUGAAGUAUGAUAUGCAGAGGCGAUGCAGUGACCUAAGUAUGCUGCUCGCAUAUAUAAGACUACCACUGCUUCCACCUCAGAUCCUGGCUGACCUAGAAAACCAUGCACUUUUUAAGGAUGACCUAGAAUGCCAGAAACUUAUUCUGGAAGCCAUGAAAUAUCACCUUUUACCAGAGAGAAGAACUCUCAUGCAAAGUCCAAGAACUAAACCUAGAAAAUCUACAGUUGGGACACUUUAUGCUGUUGGAGGAAUGGAUAACAACAAAGGUGCUACAACUAUUGAAAAGUAUGAUCUCAGAACAAAUAUAUGGAUCCAGGCUGGAGUGAUGAAUGGCAGGAGGCUUCAAUUCGGUGUUGCUGUCAUCGAUGACAAGCUGUUUGUCAUUGGAGGCCGUGAUGGUUUAAAGACAUUGAACACUGUUGAAUGUUACAAUCCAAAGACAAAAGCUUGGACUGUGUUACCACCAAUGUCAACACAUAGGCAUGGUUUAGGAGUUACAGUGCUUGAAGGGCCUAUUUAUGCAGUGGGAGGCCAUGAUGGUUGGAGCUAUUUGAAUACAGUUGAGAGAUGGGACCCUCAAAGUCAGCAGUGGACAUUUGUGGCAAGUAUGUCAAUUGCCAGAAGCACUGUUGGAGUAGCAGCAUUAAAUGGCAAAUUAUAUUCAGUUGGAGGUCGAGAUGGAAGCUCAUGUUUGAGUUCAAUGGAAUAUUAUGAUCCUCAUACAAAUAAAUGGAAUAUGUGUGCUCCAAUGUGUAAGAGAAGAGGAGGUGUAGGAGUGGCUACAUGUGAUGGCUUUCUUUAUGCAGUUGGAGGUCAUGAUGCUCCUGCUUCUAACCACUGCUCACGACUACUGGACUAUGUAGAAAGGUAUGAUCCAAAAACUGACACAUGGACAAUGGUGGCUCCACUGAGUAUGCCUCGAGAUGCUGUUGGUGUCUGUCUCCUUGGUGACAGGUUGUAUGCAGUAGGUGGAUACGAUGGGCAAACAUACUUGAACACUAUGGAAGCCUAUGACCCUCAAACUAAUGAAUGGACACAGAUGGCUUCCUUAAAUAUCGGAAGAGCUGGUGCCUGUGUUGUAGUCAUCAAGCAACCAUGA